AGAGCGGCGCGGGGCGAGCGGCUGCGGGGGGUGCUGCUGAGCCCCGGACAGCUGAGGGGGUAAACAGGGCACGGGCCGGGGGGGCACGGCCAGGGCUGCGCUUCAGAGCCCUCCCCGAGCCUCCCCGCGCCCGGGGCGCAGCGCCUGCCGCCUGCGGGGCCCCUCGGGCUGCCCCCUGCGUUCGGCCCCGCUCAGCGGGGGAUGGAGCCUCACAACUUGCAGCGCCCGCUAGGCCCGCGGCCGGGAGGCCUGACAGACUCUGAGCAAGCCUGUCAGGAAAAUUAGAAGAGCCAGCUGGGGAAAGUGAGAGAAUCUGGUAAUUAAAUGCCCAUAGUGUGGAUCUUGGCUCUGUUGGCAUGCUCGGCUGCACAGCGGCUCUUCCAGUAGCUUCUCCUUGUCCACCCCAUUGCAAGAGGAUGGCGAAAGCAAACAUAACUCGAGACAUCAUCCACAGGCAGAUCAAGGAGAGGGGUGCGCUGGGCUUUGAGCGGCACUACCACGUCACCGAUCCGUUCAUUCGACGCCUGGGCCUAGAAGCAGAGCUGCAGGGUCACUCUGGAUGUGUCAACUGUCUAGAAUGGAACGAGAAAGGAGACUUGUUGGCCUCUGGCUCAGAUGACCAGCAUACCAUUGUCUGGGAUCCUCUGCACCACAAGAAACUCCUUUCUAUGCACACAGGACAUACUGCAAACAUCUUUUCUGUCAAGUUCUUGCCGCAUUCGGGGGAUCGGAUCCUCAUCACGGGAGCUGCAGAUUCCAAGGUGCACGUCCAUGACUUGACUGUCAAGGAGACCAUCCACAUGUUUGGAGAUCACACCAACAGAGUUAAGCGGAUUGCCACAGCUCCCAUGUGGCCCAACACCUUCUGGAGUGCAGCAGAAGAUGGGCUAAUCAGGCAGUAUGAUCUACGAGAGAACAGCAAGCGUUCAGAAGUCCUCAUAGACCUGACCGAGUACUGUGGGCAGCUGGUGGAAGCCAAAUGCCUCACAGUCAACCCCCAAGAUAACAACUACUUAGCAGUAGGGGCAAGUGGACCCUUUGUGCGGCUCUAUGACAUACGCAUGAUCCACAACCACAGAAAAAGCAUGAAGCAGUGUCCUUCAGCUGGAGUGCACACGUUCUGCGACCGGCAGAAGCCUCUCCCGGAUGGCGCAGCGCAGUACUACGUGGCAGGACACCUUCCAGUGAAGCUUCCAGACUACAACAACCGGCUGAGGGUUCUUGUGGCUACGUAUGUCACCUUCAGUCCUGAUGGCACUGAGCUCUUAGUCAACAUGGGAGGGGAGCAGGUCUAUUUGUUUGAUCUCACAUACAAACAGCGGCCAUACACUUUCCUCCUCCCAAAGAAAUGCCAUACUUCAGGGGAAGUGCAGAAUGGAAAAACCUCUACCAAUGGAGUGUCGAAUGGCAUCCAUCUCCACAGCAAUGGCUUCCGCCUGUCAGAAGGAAGAGCACAUGUGAGUCCCCAGGUGGAGUUGCCUCCAUAUCUGGAGAGAAUCAAGCAGCAAGCCAACGAGGCCUUUGCUUGCCAGUUGUGGACUCAGGCCAUCCAGCUGUACAGCAAAGCAGUUCAGAAAGCCCCCAACAAUGCUAUGCUCUAUGGAAACAGAGCUGCUGCCUACAUGAAGCGCAAGUGGGAUGGGGACCAUUAUGACGCUUUAAGGGACUGCCUGAAGGCCAUAUCCUUGAAUCCAUGCCACCUGAAGGCCCAUUUCCGUCUUGCUCGCUGUCUCUUUGAACUCAAGUACGUGGCAGAAGCACUGGAGUGUCUGGAUGACUUUAAAGGGAAGUUCCCAGAACAAGCACACAGCAGUGCCUGCGAUGCAUUAGACAGAGACAUCAACGCAGCCCUCUUCUCCAAGAGUGAUAAUGCUGAGGACAAGAAAGGGGGUGGCCCCAUCCGGCUGAGAGCCACAGGCCGCAAGGAUUCCAUCUCUGAGGAUGAGAUGGUGCUGAGGGAGCGCAGCUACGACUACAAAUUCCGAUACUGUGGCCACUGUAACACUACUACAGACAUCAAAGAGGCCAAUUUCUUUGGCAGCAAUGCACAGUACAUAGUCAGUGGGUCAGAUGAUGGCUCCUUCUUCAUCUGGGAGAAAGAAACCACCAACCUCGUUAGAGUGCUGCAGGGAGACGAGUCGAUUGUGAAUUGUCUCCAGCCUCAUCCCAGUUACUGCUUCCUGGCCACCAGUGGCAUUGACCCCGUUGUACGACUGUGGAAUCCCCGGCCAGAGAGUGAAACCCUUAAUGGCCGUGUGGUCGUAGACAUGGAAGGUGCUUCCCAAGCUAACCAGAGACGAAUGAAUGCGGACCCGCUGGAGGUGAUGUUGCUGAACAUGGGGUACCGGAUUACAGGACUGACCAGUGGUGGGGCUGGAGGCUCAGAUGAUGAAGACAGCUCAGAGGGGCAAGUCCAGUGCCGGCCCAGCUAAAACAGAACUGCCUCUCCUUCCUCUAAUUGUCUGGCUGAAGGGGAACCUAGUUUCCUUGGUCCUGAACUUUCUCUGAUGAAUGACUGCACUGUAUCGCACUAUGCACAGAGUAGGACAAACUGGCAGGGGCAGGAGCGGCCGUCUCCUUAAACCAUUACCACCACCUCCUCCUUCUCCCAUCAGGCUGCUGAGCAGCAUGGCAGUGCAGUCUGGGGUUUGCCUUUAGUGGAACUUAGUCCCAGCAGGGAUCUUUGAGUUGUCCGUAAGCAGUGUAAGCUGGUGACUUUCUCCAGAGCUGCUGUAUGACCUGAUACAGAGCAGUGUUGCCUGCAUUCAUGCAUUUGUAGAAGGGAUGUUAAAUUCCUGAAUAAAAUGCAAACCUAGGGCAGGGGUUGUGGAAUGAAUUUACUGCAGUGAUCUUGGUCUUGCAAGCCUGACUCUGCUCUUGUGCUACCAGCCUGUCUAGAGGCCCCUGGUUUAGGGUUGUUGGCCACGAAGCACCUGUUUUGUCCCUUAAUGUCUGUCUUCUGGCUUCCAUCUCUAACAUGUUGCCAUCAUACGUGGCUGUGUUGUAUUGAGGACUGGAUAUCGCCUAUCUUGUCCCUGGGCAUCCAUCUUAGUUGAUGAAUCGGUGAGGGCAGCUCAGCAGGGCAGGAUGUGUUUGCCCAGCUCUGAUACUUUCUUCUGUGGUCUGCGAACCUGUGGAGAAAGGUGACAGUAAUGGGAGCAGUUCUGAUCAGAGGCCCAGGACUUGUGCAGCUAAAGCUGCUGAGGAAAGGGGCUGGUAACAGCACUAUUGCAGAGCUUCUCUCUCUAUUGCCUGAAACGUGUGUAGCUGUAUUCACCUUCUACUCUUUGUCACCAGUGUUGGAGCUGAGAACGUUGCCACCACGUACGUGUUGCACCCAAUGUUCUGAGCUUUUAGACAGCAGCGUGUCUGUGCAGUUGGCUGCUCUGUCUUGGCCAAGGUGGGCCCUCUCUGCCUCGCUGGUGUAACAUCUGAUGGAUUAGUGGUCCUCUCAGGAAAACCUCCUUCCUCUUCCCAUUCUCCACACGCUGGCUCUGGCUGCAAGGCCAGGAGUACGCCUAGAAAUGCAGCACUGUAUUUCCAUUCCUUACCUUCUCACGUAACACACAGCUCUGUUUUCCCCUCUUGCAGUUGCCAAACACUAAAUAUCAAAUAGAUCUUACACAGCUGUGCUACAACCAAAUCUGAAAAGGUUGGUUUUUUUCUAGGACUAUCAACUAAGACCAAAGAGCCCCUGGAGAUCUUAACUGCUCUGCGCUGUCUUGUGUCUCUUUCUGCUGAAGGUCUGAACAUGCUAGCCUUGGUCCCAGGGGUGAGAUGUGUGUCUGGGAGUAUGUGAGCAUGUAUGUGUGCUGCAUUAGGGCUGUUCUUCCAUGUGGUGCAAUCCCUGGUCUUCCUGUUCCUGCUGUGGAAGGAUGAGAGGCCUCCCUUUCCUCCUCUGGCUGCUUCUGGCUGCCAGGCGUUGAUGAGAGAGACUGCACACUGCUGACUGAUCAAGGUAACUGGCUUUUUCUCCCUUCCAGAACCGUCUUUAUGAGAUGAGUGAGCCUUGUGCAGGAGGGAAGGAGGUCACAGUCUCGUAGCUGGCAGCAUCUCUCAAAGGAUGCUUGCUGUUCCCUGCAGAGAGAUACCCCCCCUCCCCAGUCUCUCCUUGCAGUCGCAGUGAAGCUAACUGGGAUCUGAUCUCUACCCUCAGACAAAGAUGUCCAUCUGCUCUGUCAUGUGUGGCCGAAGCAGAACCUUAGCAAGCCCUGGUCUUGUGGGAGCGUGCUCCUUGCCACCAGGAAACAACUGGCUGCCCUCGUACUCUGCUGAGCUGGGAUGGCAGACUUCUGUUUUCAGUUCGAUCAGGCUCACCCUCCAUCUUCUCUUGCUGAAGCAGAGCUCUCCUGGGACGGAUGGUCACAGCCACUUGGCUGCUGAGGGCACUUCUGCUUGUUUUCAUGCAGUACCAGUGCAGUAGAUGCGACUUGUUACUCAGUUUACCUGUUUGGCUACAUCCGUGGCUCCCCCACCCCAGGUGUGCCCCGGCACUCAGUGCUUUUCAAAACCCAGGGGCAGCAGAAAAUCCUUCUCACUCGAGUGUCUUUUUGAUGUGGUCUGGCCUUUUCUUUUUUGCUUAAGGCUUUCCUACUAGAUGCAUCCCCCCGCCCCAUCCAAACUUUUUUCUUUCAGCUUUCGGUAGGCAAUGUCUACAGACCUGAUUUUUAAACAGAGACCGAGAAGGAAAGCUCUGAAAAGAACAGACCUGUCCCUCCCCAUUCACCUUUUGCUGUGGCAUCUAUUUUUCGUUGUUUUUACCUUUGUGAGACAGUGCAGCUCUUUUAACCUGCCAGUUGCAGUGUGAGAGCUAUAAGAUUCCCUGCCUCUGCAGUGGAUUGCUUUUUCUUAAUGGCUGCUUUGAUUAAAAAGAUAAAUAAUAAUGGGAGAGAAGGGGAGAGAAAAAUCUUUCUGCCUCUAGCCCCUUUCCCCCUUGUUGCAGGCAGAUCGCCUGCUUUGUCGCUUGUUAAUGAGGAAUUUGUAUUUAUUGGUGAAGGAAAAAACAUGCUGGGGAAGUAGGGAGAAGAUGUUGCUUUAUUGACCUCUGCUGUUUACUUCGACCCCCUCUUUGGGAAAGCUUCUUCCUGCUCUUUCUGGUUAACUCUUUCUAGCCUGGGAUAUACAGGGAUGCCUCCUUUAUUUUUGUAUUCUAGCAAUGGACUCUCUGUAAGGAGACUCUAGGAUUCUCUUAGUGUUGCAAUGACCAUUAUUUGUAGCCUUUUCGAGUACUAAAGAUGAUCAUCUCGUAAACUUUGCCCCUGCAGUUGUAGAGGUAACACACAAGCCUUACUGCCCUCGUUAGAAGGAGCAGAAAACUUGUUUCUCUGGUCCCUGGAAGAGAAAGGGUUAAGCAAUUAAACAGUUCUUUGUUCUA